AUGCUGACCCCGAGCGACUGCCAGUGCGGCCAUGCGCACGGCGACGACCACGACCACGAGGAGGACGAGAACGACGACGACGCAGAGGACGCGCAGCCGCCCACGUCUCUGGCCUGUCAACUGUGGCAGCCCUGGCGGCUCAUCGUCAUGAACCCGCUGCCUGUGCUCAUCGUGUUUGUCAUCUCCAACACGGUCUUCGUGACUGUGGGAGGCCUGCUGCGAGUGCUAGCCCAGCUGCUCACAGUGCCCGGACUGCUGGUGGCUCUAGUACUCGGCCUCCUAUGGGCCGUGCACCGGGUUGCGUCGCUCAUGGCGUACCCCGGUCAGUUGAAGUUGGUGAUCCGCGAGGGGGAGGCCAACUUCGCUCGGCUGACCAAGCGCCGGCUCCAGAUCUUCGCCGAGGCCGCCGCAGAGCUGGCGGCUGUGCUGGACCCCACGGCUAGCAGCAAACCCAUGCGCCUGCGCUUCCUGCAGGUCCACCAGAACUUCACGUUCGCGCUGGAGACGCUCAUGCUGCCGGUGCUGCAGUCGCUGGAGGUCGUGGAGCGCGACGGGAACCUCGGACCUAACGGGGUGAAGCUGCUGAGGGUGCUGAGAGAGAUCGUCAAGGUGAACUCGCAGAAGCUGGCGGAGCCCUGCUCGAAGCUCUGCUCGGCGUCGGAGAAGACGUUCGAGACGCAGAGGCUCAAGAUGUUCUCAGGUGACGACAAGGAGAAGGACAAGGGCAAGGCGAAGGCAGAGCCGACGUCCAAUAAGGAACACUCGAGGAUGAAGCUGUUCGGAGGUGCCUCGAAGCCGGUUCUGAAGCGCUCGACAACGGUUGACUCGGCGUCGCUGGAGGCGGAGGCAGCGGCCAAACCGAAACCGGCGGAAGCUGCACACCCGUUGGUGACGUUUGCAGUUGCGGUGCGACGACUUCAAGCUGCGAUUCCGUUGAUCGGACGACCGCAGACCGAUGCGCCUGCGCGGAGGAAUGUGACUUGGAUUGCCAAGGAACUUUGCCGGGGAUCGAGCCCCGAGGUCGACUACGUUGCGACGCUGGAAAUGCUGCGCGCAGAUAUGACCGUGCGCUUUGUACGUUCAUUAUUUGACUAUUGCGAUUGUUAUUUGGUGUGCUUUUUUACUAAUCUGGAUGGUUUUGCUGUCGUUGGUACUUGUAGAAAGCCGAACAGAUCUGGAUUCCGGGCUAUGAGGGCCAUCAAGUUGACGCCAUGUUGA